GAGAGGCCGACGGCAGCGCCUGCCCGGGCCGGAGCCCGGCAGGGCAUGGCCCAGGCGCACGGCCCUUCCCUCGCGGCUCUCCUUUCAAGUCGCUUUGGUUAAGCGUGCCCUGUGCGUGUGAAGUAAUCCCCGGUGCCUCGGGGGAUGGGGCCCGGAGGAGGGGCUGCCAGAAAAAAAAGCUUCUUGAAGAGCUUGGAGAGAAUAGACUUCCAUAUAUGACACCAGCCGAUGCUGAUUUCCAUCAGUUGUGGAAGACCAAAUAUUCCAAGCUGAUUUUCAGAAAAUCUGAUACAAUACCUGAAGAGCUCCAUCAAAUGGUACAAGAAGGCUUUCUGACCUUGCGAAAACACGAUUGUUUCUUUCAAGAUCUUGUAAGGAUCAAAGGAAAAGAUUUUGUUACCCCAGUGUCUCGUAUAUUAAUUGGAAACCCAGGAUGCACUUACAAGUACUUGAACACAAGAUUAUUUACAGUUCCUUGGCCUACUGAAGGUUAUGAUAUAAAAUAUUGCAGUCCUGGAGUACAUGAUGCUUGUAAAGCAUUAAUCAGACUUAAUGACUACUUGCAUAUUGAAGCAGUCAAGGCAUUACAAGGACAAAAUUUGUUUGAGACCAAAGAAAUUAAAGAUAGUACUGUAACAGAUAGGGAGCAAAAUUUUGCUACUUCUUUUACGGAGAAAGGGUCUGUUUCAAAAGAUCAAAGCAAUUGUUGUGUAUCAGAGGAUGACUACAUAAGUCUAAAGAACAGAACAUCUUAUAACUUGACUUUAUUAAAUUAUAUGGAUCCACUCCAAAUGCUGUACUUGAAACAAGAACCUUAUUUUGGAAUGGGGAACAUGGCAGUGAGCUGGCACCAUGACGAGAAUCUGCUUGAAAGGUCAACGGUUGCUGUGUACAGUUAUAGCUGUGAAGGUUCAGCUGUGGAAGAAAGUAAUGAACAAAAACUGAAGGGAAGAGACCCAGCCGUUUGGCAUGUAGGCUUGAAGGUAGCAUGGGACAUAGAGACACCUGGAUUAGCAAUACCACUUCACCAAGGAGACUUCUACUUGAUGCUUGAUGAUCUCAAUAUGACACAUCAGCACUGUGUUCUGGCUGGUUUUUCACCUCGAUUCAGCUCAACUCACAGAGUGGCAGAUUGUUCAAGAGGAACAUUGGAAUACAUAUUUGGACAAUGUGAACUGGCACUCCAGAAUUUACAGACUGAUUCUGAAUCAAUGGCUUUAUCUUUGAAAUCACUGGAAACUGCAGUUGUAAAGCAAGUGGAAGAAAUACAUAAUGAGGUUGAAUUUGAGUGGCUUAGGCAGUUUUGGUUUCAAGGCAAGCGGUAUUUGAAGUGCACUGAUUGGUGGCUUAAGCCUAUGGCUAAAUUGGAAGAAUUCUGGAGAAAAAUGGAGGUUAUGACAAGCCUCGUCCUCUCUGAAGUUGGAAAAGAGGAACAAAUUGAGGAACAAAGGAAUGAAACUCUCAGCUGCUUCUUGCUGGUUCUUACUGAGCGACAAAAGCUGCGUAAAGAAUGGACAGCAAGAUGCCAGUCAGAAGCGGCAGAGAGCUUGCCAGAAGACCAGAAACCAGAAUGCCAUCCCUUCUGGACAGAUGAUGAAUGUAAUAUGCCUCUGCCAUAUGAUCUUGAAGAAGUAAUUGCUAAUCUACAAAAUCUUGUUCAGUCGGUGGAAUAACAAGUGACCUUCCAGCCUGGAAUUAUUGAUGCUCAUCAUUUGGAGAGAAGCCUUGUAGUUUAACAUAAAUCUUUUCAGCUUUAUGAUUCCUUGAUCAUGUGUUAUUUUAUGUGUCAAUGCAGAUUUUACUGGUCUUCACACAGUACCUUUGUUACUGGCUCAUUAUAAAAAAGACCAGGCCUCAAAUCUACAGAAGCAGGUGGCUUUUAAGACCUGAAGUCCAGAACACCAGCCUCAUUUAUUUGCUCCUCCACUCUAAUUCCCAUUGACCCUACAGCCCAUGGAUAUCUGUGUUUCCACAAGUUCCCUUGGCAUCUAAAUUUCAGCUUCCAGGGAUGCCGAGAACUGCCUCUGGCUCAGCAGGUUUGAGCAACACAAGGCAUAGCUCACACCUCUGACAAACCAGAAUCCACAAUCUGGGCAUCCUAAUGAGAGGCCAGCUUGGGGUGAGCCUGCUGGACAUCUUUAGAAUAGAGCUGUGACUUCUUUAUCCACUAACAUAGACAGAGGUGGAGGAGAUGGUGGAGAAAGUCCUUUAUGCAAUGGCUCUUCGUUAGAGCAUUUUUUCAGAUGAGGAACUCUGAAGGAGCAUCCUGACAUAGAUCCCAAGACUUUCUUGCUGUUUUUCAUCAUGGCAGUUGAGUAGUACUGGGAGAGAUUUCCGAUGUGAAUCUACACCUCCUGGGCUCCCUGGAACUCCAAAUUCGGUUCCUAACUAUCACUUUUUUUCUGCGUGCUGUGAAUCCUAUUCUGAGGGCAGGUUUCCCAGUGUAUUGUCUAAAGAGCUGAUGGACCUAAGUAAGGGUUUCCAUUUGGGGUGUCCUGACAGAUUAGAUUUAGGUUGUCUGAUACUGGGCAUUGCAGCAUCUGUGUUGAUCUAGUGAGAUUUAUGAGAACAAAACCAGAAGACUAUGAGAAAUGAAGCUGUUUGUCACCUGUUUUGUAGUAACAUGCUAUGAAAAGAACAGUUCGAUGGUGGAUGAUACAGGGCACUCCUGAAUGAGAGAGAGAUUUUUCAUUUGGUUAAGUUGCUAUUUUAACUCGAGCUGGUGUACGCCUUUUCCUUUGCCAUAAAAAAGCAGAAGAAAAUCAUAUUAUGGUGAAACAGCACUCAGUCUGUAUUACCACUACAAAAGAAACCAGUAAGACUCAGAGCUUGAUGUUGCCACCAAGAAAUUAAUAUGCCUCCUGUGUUAAUCUUCUGUUUAAAAUCACUGUUGAGGCCAGGCUUACCCAGAGCAUACCAGUAUACUGUGUUGGCAAAGUGCUCUGUGUGCGGAUGAGGCUUGUACUGCCGAAAAUUGUACUUUUGACAGUAUAACAUAUGCCAGACCUCCCUGGAGCUAAAGAAGCUGUGCCAGCAAAAAUUCAGUUUUAGUGGUAUAAAACUGUGUCCACACCUACCAGCUUUUGCCAGGACAAUUAUAUCAAGUGGAGCUUGUACCUCUUAACACCUUUGACGUAGCUAUGCCAGCAAAAGUAUGAAGACCUGCAUCAAGCAUUUUCAUUGUAGUCCUGGACUUCUGCAAAAACUGUGAGCCACCCUGUAGAAUGUAAAGACUCUCUGAAGAAUAAAUUAUUAUUUAAAGUAGGUUUGAUUACAUUAUAACCUUGAUCCAUACAUUCGUCUAUUGUCUCUUGUGCCACAGAUUUCUUAACAUUUUGAAAUACUACGUUAUGGGCAUAGCUUUUUCUUUCCCGCGCUAGCUAAAGCUGGCUUUACCAGUGGGCAAAUAGCGUAUAUUUGGAUUAAUGCCACACUAAAUACUGUUUACUUUGGAGAUCACUUAGAGAAAAGCUAGCUGAAGAUGUGGGAAUUCUGCUUUUGAAAAGGCAGUUCUCACAGAAACAGAUAUUACUUUGGAAAUGAGCAAGAUGAAUUCAAACAAGCUAAUGAUGUAACAGUGUUAACACAGCGUUUGAGGGGAUUGUUUGUUUGUUUAUGCUGUUACUUUAUGAUUAUUUUGUGUUUAAUUAAGCGCUGCUAGAAACCAUGGGGAUCACAGUAUUGAAAUGCAUCUGACAGCCAUAAAGGGUAGAGAAGGCACAUCAAUGUUGUGGUUUGUUGCUGAAGUGGAGGCAUAGCUAUUAAAAAAUGAUUGGCAAAUAAUUAUUCCAGCAGUAGUGAAAAAAAAACCCACUGGGUUUUGUCUUGUAUUAGGAGACUGCUGGCAGCAAUGGUAGAAUUUUAAAAAAUACAUGAUUCCAGGUCUUGUCUAUGCUGAAGAUUUAAGCUAGUGAAUUAGCUGAACUAGUACUAGCCUCAUUGCAGUCAGAUAGCACUCAUUUAAGCCAUGGGUGGCAAUGACUUAGAUAAAUGAACACCUUUGGAAUGGAUAAGACCUAAGAUUCACUGGCAAAAUACCAAUAAUUAAGUGGUUAAAGAGGAUUAAUGCUCUGUGUUGCAUUCCAGUCUCACAUCAUCUAAAGCAGUGUAACAUGAUUGAGUUCAGUUGAAAUACAGAAGUAUAAGAAGAUUUCUUAUCUCCAAAGCCCACAGGAGUUGAUAGCAAAGACAUGAGUAAGGUUGAUGGAACUGUUUGAAGCAUCUAGUAAUGCCAAAGGGUACCCCAAGAGGAGAACAUGGUUAAAGGUAAAUAUCCGUAAAAAACCUGAGAGAUCAAGUGUAAAUUAUUGCUGUGUUUGGAUUACAUACUAGAAGCAGCAAAUACUUCAAAGUUUUCUUUAUUUUAUUCAAAUAGUUGUAAUUUAGCUCAUGUUGCAAUGAUACUUGAGCAAUCCAUUUAUAUUCCAGCAUUAGGUAACCCAUUUCCAUUUUGGAUGAGCUGAAAGACACAGCCUCUAAUGGAUGUUCUGUGUAUAGCAGCUGUUUGCCAAGUCUGGAUGCUCUAGAGGCAGGAGGACCAAGGUCAGGUUUGUUCAGGGAAGAGGUGAGAGCAUAAGUUAGCUUCUAACAUUAGAUUUAGUGAUUCUUUUUAAAUGGUGAAGUUGAUGACUUUGCUUACAUUUACUUUUCAUCAGCCAUGAAAGAAUUAAGGUAAAAUAGUUCACUUGCACGUGUGCAUCAGGCUAAAUGGAUUACAGAAGAUACAGAUCUGUUUGCCUGUCUGCACUUGCCUUUAGACAAUAUUCAUCAAUUUUACAAAAGCUACUGACUAAACAUGGAACCAAUACAAAUUGAAUGCUCGAGGCAAGGGCUUUCUUUAAAAAAUCUGAUACAGAGUUGGUUUUACACUGAUAGAAAGAAAGUGUUGGCAGAAAAUGAAAAACUUGCAUUGUUUCUGUAAUUUGGGGGAUGAAAGGUAAAGGCCGUUUUUAUGUAUUUGAUAGAAAACUGCUGUGUUAUGCAAUGUAAUUAGAAAUGUUUUUAUAAUGCUCUAUUCAUACCUCUGUAUAUGAAAAUACUUUAUCCUGUAGGUCCUUUCUUCUUUUUAAAAGGCUAUGUAAAUAAAAAAUAUUAAUCUCAGCACAGUAGAUUUUAAAGGUAUCAUGCUUAUGCUCUGAGCAUUACAGCAGAUUCUGAUUAUCUAAAGUGUAAAUAAGAAUGCCAUCAGUAAUCACUGACUGGAAACUGUCCAGGACAGGUAACAUGCAGCAUAAUAAAUAUCCAAAUCAGUUGUCUUAUUAUCAUCCAGAUAUAGUUUUAGUUUCACUGGAAACGAUGCAAAAUGCACUUUAAAAUGUUGCUGGACUUCUUAAUGCUGUGGGACAGAUUCAGGGACUCUAGUGCCAUAAAAGCAAAAGAAGAAAUUAAAAGAAUACUAAAAUCCAUCAUGAAAGAUGGCUAAAAUGUUGUAGUGUGUUAAGAGUGGGCAUUGCUCCUUUCUCAGUUAUUGUAGUGCCAUUCCAUUAGUCCUGUGUCAUGCAGCGGGAUUUGGGCUAAUGUAACAGAGAUUAAACUAGCCCAGGAGCUGAUGUCUAAGCUGGGAUGAGAGGAAGGGAAGAGAGGCGAGGUGAGAUGCAUGAGAUGCAAGGGAUGUGCUUUCUCAUGGCCACAACUUUAUUAACUGAACUCAUAUGGGAGUCAUUGAGCAGUAACUUGCACAGUGCAGGUCAGGAUCUCUCCCUUAAUUGUUACCACCUGGUGCAAAGUUAAUGUUGGCUCCUUAACCCCCCUCAUGGCCCUGACAGCUGGUCCUCAGCUUUUUGCUAGGAGCUGACCACUGUUGUCUGGCACCAAGGUUACAGAGCUAGGAAGAGUGGUUGUCCCACUGUAGCAACAGGCAUGAGAAACCCUGAUUCCCAGCUGCAGCCUUCACCUCUGUCCUACUACACCUCCGUGGACUGAAUACCUCCACUCAACAUCUGUUUCCCGUCUGAGAUUCAAGUUGCUGCAGCUCAUCUUCUGAACUAUCCCACUGGGGCAGUGAGCUGCUGUGGAGAAGGGUCAGACGAACAAACAGAACACUGUUUGCAGUGAGGUUCCUCGUCCAAAAAAAGACAACCACUGCGCUCCCCACAGCAGAGUGAAAAGCUCAGCCCUAUGCUACGCUAGCAUUAGAGGGUGGGAGCUGUUAGGUAGUGAUGAAAGACUCGGGCAAAAACACCAACAUUCAAUGUUUCUGAGGACUUCCAACUUCUGGCUAUCACCUCACCCCACCUGUAAGGGCAGAGGCAAUCCCGAAUAGAACCACUGUUCUCGUCUUUUUCUCAGUUCCUCCUCCCAGACUCAUCGCCUUCAAUGUGGCUGGGCUUGCAUCUUAAUUUACAUUCAUCUGUCCUCUUCACCUUAGAGUGGGGGCAUUCACUGAACAAGGGAAGAUAAUUUAUGCAGUUGCAAAAAGCCUGUACUUAGUAAGGCUGCAAAACCGGCUGAAUAACAUGUCAAAUAAAAUCCAACAAAUAACUGAUAAAAUUAUCACAUUAAAAUGCUGAUGUUUGGGUGUGAGCCCUUCACACAUGACAUGAAAACCAUGGUGUAUCUUCUUGUUGCUUUGGAGAUAGCAUUCAUAACUCACAUGAUAGAAAAGGACGUACUAUGCUAUGGUUUACUUCCUCUAAUACUCCACUGGUUUUAGAGUGCUUGUGCAUGAUGAAUCAGAAUUUGGUCACAAAAGUUGUUCUCCUCCCCCUCCGUAUCGUCAAAUAGUUGCUUUCAUGCCAACACAUCUUGGUCUGAUUAGUUCCCCUGAUUAGAGGCUAAAGUAAAAAGUCAGGUGUAUAGGAUUCCCAUUAUCCUUUAUUUCACUGCUUCUAAGAACAGGUCAGAUAGAGUUAUUUCAGUGAAAAUGUGAACAAUCAACUUCUGUUUACCAUUAACCUUCAGUUUUCUUUUCUUAAAAUCAAAUCAGGGCUUGGUAGGCAGUUAUUUUCAUACAUGUCCCUUGAUCAGUGGAACAAUCUGUCAAAAGCCAUUAAAGCCUCUAUUAGGUUGAAUUGCAUUCAAAGCUAAACUAUCCAAUCAUUGAAAGGGCUGUGAUGAUUGUUUUUAAUACAGUAUACAUUGAUUUCUCUCUCUGAGUAGUAACAUAACUUUGAAACUAAGCAUGUAUGACUAGGGCUUUUUGCUAUCCAGCAUGUCCUGAGAAGCUUGGUUUCUUGUGGAAGAUGAAUGUCUACAUAAAGGAAAAAACAAAUGCAGUGAAAUCACCUGUAUAUUCUCAGAAGCUUUUCCUCCAUUUUUUCCUAUUUCAUUGUAUUCAUCAAGGUGUAACAUAUAUGGAAUGGGAAGAAAUUUUCCAAGGUCCUUUGCUGAAAAGCUUCACUGAAAAAUUUAACAUCUAAUUGUAGUAAUACUUUAAAGUGGCUUUUUAUCUUCAGAUCUCAGGAUGCUCUACACAGAGAAACUGAGGCAGAGGUCAAAAGUGCAGCUGUGUUCUGACUGCUAAUGCUGGAACCAAGCAUACGUAACCCUCCAUCGCUGGCAUGUCCCAAUUACUUCCAGUUAAUCAGCUCAGUUAACAGAUUAAAGAUGCUCUCAUAGAACUUUUUCUCUCCAAAGAUAUAUCUGAAGGUGGAGCUGGAAUCUGUCCUCCUCAUGUCAUAUUUACCAUAUUAUUUAAUUGCAUAACAUACAAUAAUAUAUCUCAUGUAAUAGAGAUCUUUCAAGCCUCCUAAUGUUUGAUUAAACUUUCCAGUGAAUCUUUUAGUUACAUUCCAAGUCCCUGAGCUCUCAAUGGGAAAGGUAAAUUUUAUUGGAACUAUUAAAUUAUUCCAUGGAGAAUGUGCAGAUGUGCAGUAUAUAAUAUAAUACAAUAUAAUGCAAUCCACACUCUUUUAGCUCUAUUUUAAGUAUGUCCACUGCACAUCCCACAAGGUAGUAUAACUGCUGUACUAGGAAACUCUUAAGAAAAUACCCUAUGGGUAUUUGGGUGCUAUUUAUCAAGGUGAAGAUGCAUUGCUGGAACAAACUGGAAUGCUGGUUAUGCACCUGUUAGCAGUUUCGUCUGGUACCUAUUUGGUAGUCUGGUAGUACUUUACUGAGAGCACUACUUUUCUAGUUAUUUUGAUGAACAUCCUAAUAAUUUAUUACCCAAACAUUAUCAAAGCAUUCCACAAUUCUUUCAUUGCUGUUCUUUCUCUUCCAUCCACUGAUGCCCUUUCUUUCCCUUUUGUCUCAGUAUUAACAGUAAUGUUAUUAACAAGUUGUGUUCUUUGUUAGGCUGACAUGACUUUAAAGUGAGAAAACUGAAAAACUAUGUAUCAGAUAGCAUUCUGUCAAGUACAUUUAUUUUCAAAGCAACUUAUUAGGAUAUUUUUGCUCCUUGCUUAUUUGGUACUGCUAUGUGUAAUUUUUAUUAAGGACUAUUUAUACAACACCGCGAGGUAUACGGUGAUAUUUAAGUUUGUGUUACGUAUUUGCUAAUUUACUGACAUUUAUAAAAUAAACCACUUAAA